AUGGCCUCCACAAAGGAUUCGUCGUCUUCCGUAUCCCCACGAUUUCCAUCACGCCUUCCUCCCUCUCCAACAGCAAGUGUCCUCCCUAUCAAAACCCCUCACCACAGAACCCACUCGAUAGGCUCUGUAAAUUCUCACCGCGUAACGCGACGGAAGAGUAUGUCAUCGACUGCCGGAGCAGCCAACAUGGCCGCCGUAGUCCAAGCAGUCAAGGAGGCCGCCGCCGAAAUACCAUUCUCGCUCCCGGCCCCGACUGGGCUCGCUCAGAGUCCUGGUAAAGCGGGCAAGACACCGGUAUUAGGCAAUAGCGGAUACCCUAGCCCGCCGAGCAGCCUUCCCACUUCAACAGUAGUCCCGGGCCGGACGCUCAGCGGUGGUAACAGCAACAGCAAUAUAGCAUCAGCAGAGGAGAACCUGCAGUUCCCGAGGAAGACAGGGAGUCUGGAAAAUGGUAGCGGUGAUAGUGCAAUUGCUGAGGGAUAUGGACCAGAUGCAAUGAAAAGCGCGGGUGGGAGACGUAGAGCGAGUGAGGGUGCACAUCUAGUGCUAGGAGGCGCACCCGGGGGCAGCAGGGCGAGGAGUGGGAGCGAACUAAAGUGUGACAAGUGUGGGAAGGGGUAUAAACAUAGUUCUUGUUUGACGAAACAUUUAUGGGAACACACGCCUGAAUGGUCUUACACCUCUAAGCUCCUAAUAUCCAAACAUCAGCAAGUACAGCUCCUCGAAGCUGCCUCUAUCCUUGUUUCCAUGAACCCGAGCACCACGCCCCCAGCUUCCAACUCCGGCGCCGACCACGACAGCUCAUCAUCUUCCUCGGAAGACACCACGCCCCCACCGCACUCAGACAUUGGCAGCCCAACCCCACGCGGUAUCCGCAACGGCGCCGGCAAACCUGGAAAACGCCUCUCCGGAUCAUAUCCGCGCUCUUCCACCGCCCCGAAUGCUACUGGCUUCCCGAGCCAUUUCGUGCAGAAGCACACGACGCCGAGGCAGAGAACGAGGAUUACGCCCUCGGAAGAUGAGGCGCUGGCGUCCGCAAUUGAGCUACUAAGUUGCUCGUUUAGGACAAUUGGAAGCCCACAGCCAUCACUUGUAGUAGGGAGCUUGUUGGGACGGGUAAACGAGGUGAAGAGGGAGGAGGAGGAAGAAGAGGACGAGGGCGAUGUGAGCAUGGUGGAUCUGGAAGAGAGUGGGAGUGAGGUCGGGGGGUGGGGUGGGAGACGUGGGAGCGACGAGGAGGAGGACGGUGUCUUUGGCAGGAUGGAGGAAUAA